CACAUCUAUUAUUAUCUACCGACUUCUACUUCCUUCCUCUCUUUUUUUCCCCAAAUCCUUGAUAUUCUCUCGUUUCAACAAAAUCUACCCAACUUCUAGGGUUUCGAUUUUCUUCCUCCAAGGUUUUUCAUUUCUAUAUUACUUGGAAUUUUAAUCUCUGAUCUUCGGAAAUCAACAAGAUGAAUGGUGAUUUUGGAUUUGGGUGUUUGAUGUUUUAGAUCUGAUUGGUGUUUAAUAAUCAUAAAUAAAGGAACUCUGUCAAGUGUAAUUGAUUUUUGAGUAAUGGGGUUGGGAGACGACUAUUCUGAAACUAAAAACUUGAAUGAUGAAGCCUUAGAAAGGAGAAGUAGUACUGAUGGAAUUAAGUUAGAGAGUAAUGGGUCUAAUUCUAAUGAGAAUGUAGAUGAAGGGUCAGGAAGUGUAGAGAUCAAUUGUUCGCGUGAAGUAAACGGAAAUGAAAUUGGUAAUCAGACACCCACAAAUACAAAGUCUCCUUUGGAAGUGGCUGAAACUCCAGAAGGAGUUUCUGGGGAGACACCUCCGACGAGGAAAGGUUUUGGAUUGAAGAAAUGGAGGAGGAUAAGGAGAGACUUUGUUAAGGAUGAGAGUGCUGGUUUGGAUUUGAAUAGAAUUUUGAAGAGGGGAGCGCCCAAUGCUGCAGAGGUCGCGAAACCUCGAGAUUCAUCUGCUGAGAUCAAGCUGAAAAGUGAAGGAUCUGCAGCGUCUGAGGAAUCAUCUGUGAAAAGUCCAGACCUUCUUGAUGGGUUUGUCCCCAAAGGAUCGAGUUUGGAUUCCACUGUGGGUGUGGGAUCUGCUUUUGCUUUUGGGACGGAUUCUGAAAACAGUGGGGAUCGAAGCAGCAAAUCUUCGACAGCUGCUAGUGCUCCUAGAAUGAGAAAUGAUUUCCAUACAAUAACAGGAUCUGCACGAGACAAACACAAGGUGAAGAAUCUUAGUGGAAGGAGUUCAAGUAAUUCAGUACAAAAGUUUCAACAGGUUAAAGGAAAAGUUGAUACAAGUAAGAAAUCUCGAGGAGAAAGGGAUAAGUAUGACAAAGAAAACUUAUAUUCCAGCAUUGAAUCUGAACUCAGAAGCUCCAACAUUGUCUUUUCACAGAUUGGUGUUUUUGGUAAUAGUAACGGGAGACAAAGCGAAGUCUGUUCGAAUUAUGAUGAAGAGAAUAGUGAGAAAGGUCAGACAAGUGAUCUCCAUGCUGGAGAUGGGGAUCAGAAGGGAUAUUGCAAACAAAAUGGUUGCGACAUUGAAGAUAUCUCACAAAAUGAUGUUUCUGGUGGUGGCUCCUUAGAAGAGAAAGGAGAAGAGAUUGAAAGCAAUCGAACCCAUGCAGAAUGGGACCCUCUGGUGAAGUCGAUAAUUUCUUUGCAGGCUGUGCAAGAAGCACUUGAAAUUGAAAUCGAGAAGUUUGGAGAGCUUGGAAACGAACCUGUGUUGCCAUCUGAGACGGACAUAAAUCUUUCCCCACAGCUACAAGCUGAGGUACUCGAUCUUACUCAGAAAGUAAAUGGUCUUGAACGUGAACUAGAGGAAGUAUCCGCCCUGCUCAAGGAAAAGGAGUUGCGGGUAGUUGAACUUGAAGAGAUGUUAAACAGAACUAGAUUGCAUGAAGAAGAAAAACUGGAAAAUGGUUUACUAUCUGUUCAGGAUGAGUGCAGAGACAUGGAGUCUCAGCUUGAGGAUUUAUUCAAGCAGAAGGUAGAAGCUGAAAUCGAGCAUCUAAUAAUAGCGACAACAACCCAAAAUUUGGAAGGUGCUUCAGAGGCUCAAAGUUUGCUCUUUGAAGAGCAGAAAAUUCUUUCAGAGGAGCAAAAUCAGAUGCUUCAAAAGCUCAGAGUAGCUGAAAGCAAGGCUACUGUGUUGAAGGAACACGGGAAUGAGUUGGAUGCAUCAUGUGAAGAAAUGAUAGGUACUGAAGAAAUUUUGAUCAUGCAGAAUAGGGUAUGUAAGCAUACAUUGUGUUUUUUUUUUCAGUUAAUGUUGCUUUUUUUAGGGGUUCUGUUGUUUAUGGUGCAACUGUAUUCCCAGCCAUCUGGGGACGUACCAACCUGAUGUCCACAGAAGCAAAAUCCUUGAUCUGUAUGUUCAUUUCCAUUAUCAGGUAGUGAAAUGUUUUUUUUGUAGUUAUGGUUUAGCUGUUCUAGUUGUAAUUAGAAGUUUGAAGAAAUGCCAAUGUAGCACAUGUAUAGUUAAGAUUUUUUGCCUUUCAGUUUUUUUGAGUUCUUUUCAUUUCUUCGAUGACUUAAACCUUUCUUGGGAUAUUUUAGGUUCUGUAAUUGUUUGGUGUGUUUUCUAAGUUGAAGUGUUACUUCUUGGUGUCCAA